UUUAAAUUUUAAUCAAUUAAUUAAUAAUCACUCACACGCACACACUUGUUCUUGUUAUAAAUUCCCACACAUUCUCUUCGAAAAUUCCCAACACAUUCAAUCACAUCUUAGAGUUAACCAACCUUCUCUGAAAAACACAAGAACACAAAGAAAAUCUAUACAAGAAAUGGGUUUGGAAAAUAAUAGCCAGAAGCUUUUAUCCAAGAUUGCUACCAACAACAAACAUGGUGAAAAUUCUCCUUACUUUGAUGGAUGGAAAGCUUAUGAAUCAAACCCAUUUCACCCCACAAAAAAUCCUCAAGGUGUUAUCCAAAUGGGUCUUGCUGAAAAUCAGCUCUGUUUUGAUUUGAUUGAAGAAUGGAUAAAGAAUAAUCCAAAAGCUUCCAUUUGUACUCCAGAAGGAGUCAAUCAAUUCAGACAUAUAGCAAACUUUCAAGACUAUCAUGGAUUGCCAGAAUUCAAAAAUGCUGUGGCAAAUUUGAUGUCAAAAGUGAGAGGUGGUAGGGUGAGAUUUGAUCCUGACCGUUUAUUGAUGAGUGGAGGAGCAACUGGUGCAAAUGAGUUAAUAAUGUUCUGUUUGGCUGAUCCUGGUGAUGCUUUUUUGGUACCUAGCCCUUAUUAUCCAGCAUUUGUCCGUGACUUGUGUUGGAGAACCGGUUUGCAACUAAUUCCGGUCCAAUGUCAUAGUUCAAACAAUUUCAUGAUAACAAGAGAAGCACUUGAAGAAGCUCAUAAAAAGGCACAAGACGAAAACAUCAAUGUGAAAGGGUUAAUCAUAACAAAUCCAUCAAACCCUUUAGGAACAACAAUUGAAAAAGAAACACUCAAGAGCAUAGUGAGUUUCAUCAAUGAAAACAACAUUCAUCUAGUGUGUGACGAAAUCUAUUCGGGUACCGUUUACGACACCCCAAAAUUCGUAAGUGUGUCCGAAAUUAUACAAGAAAUGGAAGACAUAAAAAAGGAUCUCAUUCAUAUCAUCUAUAGUUUAUCAAAAGAUAUGGGGCUACCGGGUUUUAGAGUUGGUUUAGUUUAUUCGUACAACGACGAAGUUGUGAGCUGUGGUCGGAAAAUGUCAAGUUUUGGGUUAGUCUCGUCGCAGACACAAUAUUUUCUCGCUACAAUGCUAUCCGAUGACAAAUUCAUGGAUAAGUUUUUAGCGGAGAGUUCAAGAAGGUUAAGGGCUCGGCGUGAGUUUUUCACAAAGGGACUCGAAAAGGUUAACAUAACUUGCUUACCAAGUAAUGCAGGACUAUUCUUUUGGAUGAAUUUGAGGAGUUUGUUAAAAGAGAAAACGUUCGAAGGCGAAAUGAAGCUUUGGCGAUUGAUUAUCAAUGAGGUGAAGCUUAAUGUUUCGCCGGGUUCGGCUUUUGAAUGCUCCGAACCGGGUUGGUACCGAGUUUGUUUUGCUAACAUGGAUGAAGAAACUGUUGAGAUUGCAUUGAUGAGAAUUAGAGCAUUUGUUAAUGGAAGAGAGAAAGGGGUGAAAAAAGUUGAAAUGAAACGUUGGAAGAGUAAUCUAAGACUUAGUUUUUCAUCAAGAAGGUUUGAAGAGAAUGUUAUGUCUCCUCAUUCACCAAUUCCUCAUUCACCACUUGUUCGAGCAACUUAAUUGGAACUUAUUUGAGAAAUCACUUAUUUAAUCUAUAGAUUGUUUUAAUGUAAGUGUUGAUUAUUUAACUAUAUAAAUAUAAUGUAUAAUAGAUAUAGCUAGAUGAAUUGGAUUUCCAGUUAUUCUAGCUAUGUUUUUUUUCUUUCUUUUAUUUAUGAUUUUCUAUUUGUAUGUUAUUGUCCUAUAUAUAUGGACAGUUAACUUUAUUGUACUUAUUUAACUGAAAUGAUUUCAGAAAUAUA